CGAUACCAAACUUGUAACAAGUACCUGAGAAGGAGCCUAGGUUUGGGCUUCCAAUUGUAUUAAUAUUUUAAUUUUUUUUUUUAUGUAACUUAUUCUUAGUUUUGACAUGUGUGAAAAAUAUAGUUUUGGUGUUCAUCCUAUCACAUGUCACUCUUGGAACAAGGAUAGAACACGAAUCGCUUUGAGCCCCAAUAACCAUGAAGUUCAUGUGUACAAUAGGAGUAGCGGUGAAUGGCAACUUACUGAUGUACUUGAUCAGCAUGAUCUAAGAGUUACAGGCAUAGACUGGGCCCCUAAAACUAAUAGGAUCGUAACCUGUGCAGCAGAUCGUAAUGCCUAUGUAUGGUCACCAUGUGAAGAUGGCAAAUGGAAACCAACUAUUGUUUUCUUACGAUUAAAUCGAGCAGCUACUUGUGUUAAGUGGUCUCCUGAAGAGAAUAAAUUUGCUGUGGGUUCUGGGGCAAAGUUGAUCUCAGUAUGCUAUUUUAAUGAAGGUAACAAUUGGUGGGUAUCAAAGCAUAUUAAAAAAACCAUUAAAUCUACGGUCACAUGUUUAGACUGGCAUCCCAACAAUACAAUUCUUGUUUCUGGCUCAACAGAUUUCAGGGUUAGAGUGUUUUCCUGUUAUGUCAAAGAAUUUGAAGAGUCUUCAGCGACUACUAAGUGGGGAAACAAAGCUGGACUUGGCCAUAUCCUCGCUGAAUUUUCAAAUUCUCCGUUGGGAGGUGGCUGGAUCCAAGGGGUCAGUUUUUCUGCUGAUGGGAAUAGGCUUUGUUGGGUAUCCCAGGACUCUUCCAUCUGUCUUGUUGACAUUACAAAGGGAACCCAAGUUCACAAGCUCCGUACAGAAUUCUUACCGUUUCUGAGUUGUCUCUGGGUUGGACCUAAUGCCAUAGUUGUUUCAGGUCAUGAUUGCUGCCCUAUGCUGUAUACAGUAGAUGGGAGUGGUCAGUUACAGUUUGCUUUUAAGCUAGACAUUUCUCAAAAGAAAGAAGCUGGAGGCUUAAGUGCAAUGAGGAAAUUCCAGAGUUUAGACCGUCAGGCAAGGCUUGAAAUUUCUGAUACGGAACUUGAAACAAUUCAUCAAAAUACAAUUACAUGCCUCAGGUGUUAUGAAGGCAGUAACGGGUCUGUAGGAAAGCUGUCGACAUCAGGUGUUGAUGGCCAGCUAGUCAUAUGGGACUUACAACCUUUAGAGAAAUCAAUUAAAGGUCUUCGAAUCUAGUGAAAAGCUCAACGAUUAUUAUAUGUUCUUUCAUCCUAUCAUAAUUUCAUAAUGUAAUUUUUAUAUUUAAAGUUAUUUUUUUUUUUAAUAUUCAUUAGUAAUUUUAUAUAUAUUUAUGUUGAAAUGUUUAAUUUUUAAACAAAUGCAAUAAAUUGCCAAAUGGUGCUUUCUUUGUGUUUAUCAAUUAAUUAAAGAAGCUUUACACUUCAUCUUAAAAAGAAGAAAAAAUAGUACUUUAGGAUAUCGAAGAUAAAUAAUUGUUACUACAAUUCUUGUAAUCCUUGAGGGCUGAUAGUACUGAGCAUGCGAAGGAGGCUACCCAAUGUCUAUAAAUGUUAAAUAUUAUGACUGCCAAUUUAAUUUUACUGACCAUUUUAUGUAUUAUCUUAUCUAAUGUUAGUUUUAAGUAAUUUAUUCGUUUAUAAAUAUUACUUUUAAAUAUAUUUAUUCCAAAACUAACAUAACCCAGUGGAUAUAUAUAAAAAUAUAUGAAUUACUUGAAAAAAAAAUUGUUUACCUUAUUGUGAAGAAGAACAAAGUUAAUGUUACUCUAUUCUGUUUGCUCAUGAUUAAACUUAUAUUGUAUGUAGAAUUGUUAUAUUGUUUAUUUAUUCAUAAAAUAAAUAAGUUAAAUUUUUUAAAGCUAGGAA